AAUGUGUGUGUGUGUGCAUUUCAUGAACACCUUAAAAAUAUUACAAUAAUGUACAGUCUAAUGACCUUAUUACACUUCUUCCCAAUACUAUUCUUCACUGCCUAAAUUCUUUAAAAAAAAAACUGAAGAAAAUGUCGGUUUUUUAUUAGCAAAUUUGGACCUGUGUAUAGGAUAUUUGGUUAAAAUUAUUGAUAAAUUAAUGAUAUAUGCUUGUUUCUCUGUACUUGUAACAAAAUGUAAGAAUCCAAACAGUACAUAUUAAUACUGCAAAGCAAGGUUUCAAUCCCAGCCCCCCCUCUUCCAACAGCAAUCUCCACCGGCGAACGGCGGCUGCGCAAAAACGUAUUACGUAAUAAACGUGCAAAUGACGCAGAAACGUAGGAACUCGCUCAUGAGCCGAGCGCGGAUGAAUACAGGUGUGAAAGGAGCGCCUUCGGGCGUAUUCCGCCAGCCACUUUGUCUCGAGCCCACGUGGGAGUGUUCUUGCGCGCUCUAGUGCUUUUCCCCUCAAGCUUUCCUCUUCGCGAUGACUGGAAAGCGCCGAAGUGCUUUGGGCGCAGGCAGAGGUCGGAGGAAGAGGUCUGCAAUUACACGGGAAGAGAAGUUAGGCAUUAUUCAGAAGUGGGAAGGCGGCCAGAAGUUGUCUGCCAUCGCUCGUGAGGUGAGACACCCACCGGUGUCCACGGUGAGCACCAUGAGGGGCAAACGCCUCAGCACGAAGCGCUCGGCACUCAAAUCCCCCGUGCCCGUCACGACGAUGCAGAGGCAGGGCGCGAUCUCGGAGAUGGAGACGCUGCUCACCGAUUGGAUCGAGGAUAUGAGUCGCCAGGGGCGCAUCCAGCAGGAGAAGAGCCUCUCGCUCUGCGAGGAAUUCGAGGAGAAGACGCCGGAGGCCAUCGCCGAGGGCUCCUUCGGCGCGAGCCGCGGCGGGCUGCGCCGCCACCAGAAGCGCGCCAACGUGCGGCAGGCGGCGCCGAGCGCGCUGGAGCUCAAGGAGGAGCAGCUGGACUCGGAGGUCCCCGAGGACAUCCAGGUGACCAUAGGCGAGGACGAAGGGGAAGCGCUGCCCGGUGUCGGAGAGCUCGCCGGGCUCGAGGCGCUCGUGGCGGCGGGGCGGCGCGCGGAGCCGCGCUUUACGGCGGAGGGACUCGCCGAGGCUUUCCGGCUCGUGGACGCAUCUCUGUCCAAGAUCGAGUCCAUGGACCCCAACGUGGAGAGGUUCGUGGACUUCAGCCGCCGCAUCUACGCCGACCUGUCCGCGUACAGGCGCAUCCAGAAGGAGAAGAAGCUGGAGUCGACGCAGUGCACGCUCGACACGUUCAUUCGGAAGCUGAGCGAAGCGCGCGCACGGGAGCCGGCGCAGGCUCAGCCCUCGGCGUCCGCGUCCAGGUGGCUGGAGAUGCUUGCGGACAAAGAGCUGGGCUGCACAAACCACCUUCUCCAGUGACUUCUAUCUGGGCCCACUUGGUGUGUGUACUUUUAGGGAGAACGGGGUGCACCGUGUCUGACCUUUACUGAGGACUCCGGUCAAGACAGCACCAGUAGGAAUGUCUGAGAGCUUCAUCGUCUCCACAGGUGAGCUACUGUCUCUUUCUUGGUCUCUUUUGGGUUGUGGGAAUGAGCUGCUCAGAUUAAAAAUACUGCUGUAAGAAAAGGUUAGUAAUGUUCCUGUGGUCUUGUUGUUGCUUCAUUUCAUAGAAUUUCUUGAAGAUGACCUUAAGUCAACAUUUUAUGUAUGUGCCACCUGUUUUUAGACUGUAGGAGGAAACCUUAAUGUUUAUCAAAUAAGACAUUGCUAUAUGUAAACAUUUAUUGCUAACUGCGAUGUUAAUUUCAGCAGGAAAUCUCCUCAUACCUAAAUUUGACACUGAUUGGUGGACCUGUACACCACAGAACGCUCCGUUUAUCAGGAGUUCCCGUCAUAAGUCCUUCUGCUUGGUUCAAAGAUCACUAUGGCCUGAAGGACACGGACAUGAUGGUGACCCAGUGAAGGCCUGUGCAGUGAGGCACAGUG